GCUGCCCCCCAGACAUGGUAGGUCACCUACAGCUGCAAGGGAUGGACGAGAGCCUGAAGGAGAAGAGCCGGGAAGGCUUGCUGGACAGCCCGGACUCAGGGCUGCCCCCCAGCCCCAGCCCCCCUUUCUACUCCCUCUCACCCAGCGAGGGCCGAGCUGGGGGCAGCGGUGGUGCGGACCCCCCGGCCCCGGGGCACCGGCGGGAGGCCAAGGACGGCAAAGUGAUGCCUUACCUGCUCCUGAACCCGUCCAUGCCAGAGAUGAGGCCUCGAAUGUACCCUGUGUUUUUUGGAGAAAGCAUUGAGGUCAGCCCUGAGCCCGUGCAGGAAAUCAGGUGCAAUUCUGAGGUGAAGUACGACUCUGAGAAGCAUUAUCGGGAUGACAUCUUCUAUGGCCCCAUCCCCACCGUCACCACCUACAGCGAGACAGUCAUUGCUGCUCCCAAUUGCACCUGGCGGAACUACAAGUCCCAGCUGAUCUUUGAACCCCGCCAGAAGCCACUGAGGUUUCAGAGCACGACCAUCAUUUUUCCUAAGCGUGCCAAGAACAUUUACCGGACCACCCUCAACUACAGCUUGGGUUGUGCCAAGCGUUGGUUUGCUUCCAGUGUGCAGCUGGAACUCUGUGAGGAAACCAGCCCGUGCGUCAUCUACAGCGAGACCCUCUGAUCCGCCCUGCGGCUGGCAACCUUGUGACCUCAAGGAGGCUGUGGCCUUUGCUGGGUCUCUGGCUGGGCCUUCAUUGAUGGCGACUGAAUAUUAUUGGCUGGAAAACACAUCGUCUUGGGUGAGGCUGAACUGGCUGGGAGAAGGCUUGCAGGGCAUGGGAUGGUUUUGAUCAGUGAGAGGCUGGCUUGUAUUUUGCGACGUUCCUGGCAUUCAUGGUCUGGAUUUUAUUUUUGUUUUUUUUUCCAAGCAUAUCUAUUUUUGACUUGUAUUUAGAUUAAAUCAAGAUGACAAAGGACCCUAUUAUCCAUAGCAGAGUGCUGCCUUGUGAGCUCUGUAGGUCUUGUCUAGCACAUAGGUGAGACUUACUGUAACCUUCAGAGCUAUUUUGAUCUCUCCAAAGGGGAAGACCAACUGCAGAGUCAGCAUCCAGUCUGCCCAGCGUACACUAAGCCAGGUCUCUUAUAGUUUAAAUGCAGAGGAGGUGGUUAUUUGUAUCAAUACAUUACAGCUUGCUCCAACAGCUCAUCUGGGAGAUAGCUGCCAUAUUACACUACAGCAGUAACCUCAGGCCUAACUUACUGGGAGGAGUGGGGACUGUCUGCAAGAAAAAGAGUAAGAAAGCAGACGCACGGUGCUCUUGCUAGCAGGUAGAUGUUUAUAUACCGUAGUAAGGCACAGCACAACCAGGAGACGGGAGAAAGGCCUACCCCGAUGCAUCGCCACCUCUUCUGUGAGCCCAGCCAAGAGCAUGUAGGGGAGAUUGAAGAAUCUGAAUUCUGAUGGGCUAUUUUCUCAAAGUGUCCAAGUGAUUUAGGAGACCAGUGCCCUUUUCCAAAAGUAUCAUCAGUUCAAGUGUGCCAUGCUGUUCAUGUUUCAGACACACAAUUUACAGGGAUCUUUACAGGAUUGCAACCCUUUUGAGUUUCAGGGCAUGGCUGUAUUGCAGGGAGGAGUGUAGUACAGGGAGAUGCUGUCUAGCUUCAAAGAAGCCAGUGCAGAAACUCAUGAGCAAUGUUGCUCACCCUCUCAAUAGUUUCCAUACCUGUGCCAUGGACAGCUUUGCUGACUGUGGAGGAGCAGCCAAACUUUCUCAGUGUAGAGCUUGAAGUAUUGAAGAGCCCAAAUCCAUGCAGGUUUUCCUUAAUCAGCUAGGGUGUAGCAAUUCAACAGGUACUUCACAAACAGCUGAGCUGUCUUUCAAUAGGAUCAAGAAACAUAGAGCAGGAGUCACUGCAGCCAUCCUAAGGUAUACCAUUCCCCGCUCAUGAGUCACAUCUCCUCGUAUUUCUUCACUUUAGUAGCUUGCUGAAAAUGUGCGAGAGCCUGGAUUCCUACAAACAUGUAACCUUUGAAAAUGGCAUGGAAUUGUCUCCAAAAAUCUUACCAAGAAUUUUUGCAUGCUACUCAGAAGAGCCUGGACUUAGAAAAUAACCACACAGCUUUGGAAAUUAAUUUCCAGCUUUCCCUCUUCUAAACUUUCCAUUUUGUUCCUGACUUGCUGUGAGUCUGAUCGAGUUAUUUCAGAACACAACUGAGCAGCCAAGUCAGAAAACCUAUUAACAAUGUCAACAAGACAUAGAUGGUUGCCCAGAACAGUUGACGCACAAACCCACAGAGAUUAAAAAAAAAACCCUGUCAAACUUAAAAAAAAAUAAUUAAAUAGUAGCUUAUAAAGAUACUUUUUCCAUCAGUUUCAAAAGGCAAUUGGUAAAUAUGACCAGAACUGUGACCUUUAUGAAACAGAGUUCUCUUGUUUAAAAUGAAGCACAAAUGUUCCGCCAGAGGUAAAUACAGGAUCUUUAUAUCCAAAUUUAAAUCCUGACAGCUGAAGCAUCAUGAGUACUGAAAGAUGUGUGCUAUGGCAGUGAUGAACGCUGCCUCUCUGUAUGGGAGUUAGGACUCGGUAGGGAGAAAUCUCUCAAAGGAUUUCCAAGGCUUCCACCUACUGUUGAAUUCUUUUCAGCAACACAGAAACAAGGAUUAUAUUUGUUAUUGCUCAGAUUGUGCUGUCACUGACUGUCAGCAUCAAAGCUUGGAAAAGCAACAUCUGCCUCCAAAGGGAUUAUUACGCCUGAAGCAACUCUUCUCCCCAGAGCUCCAGCAAACAUCAGUGCUGCGGAGUUAGCUUAGACAGCAGGGCGGCUGAAGCUAAGAUGAAUGUGGUCCCAGUGCAGUGCAGGCUGGUGAUGCAGUUGCUUGCUAGCUCGUCUUGAGGUCCGUCUUGUUUUGCCAUGUGCUGGUAAGCAAGCCUUGUGACCAGUGGAAAUACUCAUCUGCCUUCCUGGGAACAUCGUGAAGGCUGUUUCCAUGCUCCUGAGAGAGUCUGUAGCAAAGGGGUUAGAUUUCCAAGCUGAGCAACAGUGUAAUCCAGGUUCAAAAGCAGGGACAAUAUUCCUACCCAGGAGAUCCCUGCAUGAUGACAGAUUAGAUUGCAGGCACCUUCACUGAGCAAGCAUGAAGCAGGCUGACCUCCAAGCUGAAGGGAUGCCAGAGCCUCCCUGUUCUGACCAUACAUCAGGCUUUUUUCCUGUUAACAGUUGGAUUAUUCCCCUGCUCCAAGCACAAAGCUGCAGGUUUUGAUCAUGCUGGUCUUUGAGCAGAACAGGUUUUCCCCAGCUGCAGGCUUCUGCCCACUUUGUCCACUGUUAGUUCUGCUUCCUAAGUAGUUGCCGCAACAGAAAAAUUCAACCCUCCCCCGAAAAACUAGUGUGCAAAUACAAAUCCAGUGGAGAGACCUGAACCACAGCCUGGUCUUUGACCUCGCAGGGACAGGGGCUGCUAAGGCAAAGUCUCACAGGUGGAGAUGUGACCCCUGGGAGGGUGCAAUGGAGGGCUGCAUCCUUGGCACUGCAAUGUCCCUGCAUGUCCAGGCCAGGCCUCUUUGAAGCUUUGUGCUUUGUUUUCUUUGCAAAUAGACUAGAAAUGACCUAACGUGCUCCUGCCUCCUUGAGCUUAAGCAGCUUUUCUGGUUUUGCCAUGUCAAGAAAAAAAAGCCAGCCGUCAGCUUGCAUUUCUAGGCUGCUGAACACACUUUGAGCUGUGGAGCCAUGGACAGGACAUGGUGGGCUACCACCCUGGACCACAUCCAAGCUGUGACAUUGCCAAGUGCCUAAGCCAUGUAGAAAUUUUUGAAAAAUACCUUCUUACAUGGUGUCUCCCAUGGGCCCAUCACAAGCUGCUUUUCUUCUCAGUGAAAGCUGGCGUUGGAAAGGGACUUUGUUUUUCCUGAGGACAAGAAAAUCAUAGACCGUCAGGUCUUCACGCUCAUGUGGGCGCAGAUCCCACCCUGCCUGCCCACUCUCUUGCUCCUAUCCCUGUGGCUGGGUUAGGUGGUGGUAGAAGAGCCAAAGCUCACCUUGCUCACGACUGGGAAAAGCAAUGACUUUUUUUGUUUUACUGAAACACCAGAAGCUGAAUUUUAUGUUUGUGUGUUGCCAAUUAAGAAUUGCUCCCAGCAGCCAAGAAGUGCCUUACCUGUAAUAUGUUUGUAUAUCUAAAAGGAAUGAUUAGUCCCGCUAGAGAGGUGUUUUUCUUUUAAAAGGAGCAUCGUUCUUCUCAAACAACAGAUCCUUGCUCCUGCAUAUUUUCUCAAAGACACAAAUGACAAAUUUAGACCAUGGAAAUGCUGCUUAGAAAGGUGAGUUUCCUUGAGCAGCUGGGACUGUGGCUACACAUUUUCUCCCCGGGAUACUAAAGUACCUGUUGCCCACAGUCCUGUAAGCCUGAUAGGUAGAGUCAGACUCUGCCUUCAGGAAUUAUUUUCUGUCAAUAGUUAUUUUUGAGAUCAGAAACUUUCUGAGAAGGCAUCUGUUUUGGGGAGGGGAAGGUUUUUUUCAAUGUGGAAAAUCGAUCUCAAAGGUGUGGGGUUUGCCCUUCAUCCUCUUCAUUCCUGUGAUUGUUUUGCCCCUGAAUGCAAGAGAGCAUGCUUGUGUCUGGUCUGCCUGCAUUGCUGUCAUUGCAUUUGGGGCCAGAAAGAGGGAACCCGAACGAAAUACUGACCUUUCGGAAUCUACAGAAUACUUUGCACAAAACGCAGAGACGAACUUUGACCAAACCAGUUCACUGCUUCUUUCAUCUUUAAUUUUUUCUUUUUUCUUUUUUAUUUUUUCCUAAGCUGGCUCUACUUUUCUUAAUGUGAAAUACAGACAGAUUUGCACCCUAGGUGCAUACUUUCUGGGAAUGAUGGAAUGAGGUUUGGGUGUUGAUAGCAGUGUUUGAGUGAGCUGCUGGUCAGAGAAGUGAAUGCUAUUUACUAUUUAUGUUGAGUGUGUCUUAAAAAAAAUGGGAAAGGUCACUAGAAGGUUAAUGGGCAAAAGACUUUGUAGAGCAAACCGAGGACUAAAGGCUGCGUGAAUCUGAUCUAGAGGCGAAUGGUUCUGUGCGUGAACACUGUGAGCUAGGAUACUUAGCCAUUGUAGUUUUGACCUGCCUUUUUUCCUGCAGGGAAGAGCAUCCUUGCCUUCUUUAGAGCUGAAACAAAUCAGAUCCAUCCUGUCACAGUUACUGAAGUCUGUGAGUGUCAGCAUUCUCCAGGCUUGCGGGGACUCUGUGUAUCCAGCACAGAUAGACAGAGCUGUCCCUGUGUGGAGGUGGGGGAACACUUUAUAGGGGAACGAUGGAUCUUAUUGUGAGAUAUUCACAUUUCUACUGCCAGAUAAACUCUGCUCCCUGAGGAUCACCCCAUCAGUCACAAAUUGAUCUGUUCUGGACAUCUCCCCUAAAGGUCUCUGAUAACUGUUGUAUGUUAUAAGUCUUGGGAGGCACUAAUUUCUUUUCAGAUACUGUGAUGGCCAUCCAAAUGAGCAAAGUAUCCUACCAUAUGAAUUGUGACCUGAAGAUGGGGCUGAGAGGUGUUUGAAGGUUAGAGAAUGAAGAAAAGAACAUAUUACUGGUGGAAAUGCAUAAGGAUGUGUCAUAUUUUUAUUUUUGUAAGUCUGAUUCUCUAAGUGCUUGUAAAGUACCUUACUGUUGUAUAUGUGGUGAUGCAGUAGUUCACAAUAUCCUUUUAUUUUUGUAUAUUCCCCCCCUCCACAAUAAUCCCUUCCUGUUCAACUCAUAGAGAGUAA